UUUAUAUCAUAUUUCACCAAUAUUAAUUUAUCACUGUCAACCUUCAUCUGAUAUGUAGUUUUAACAUAUAUUAGCACAUUUACGUCGUGAUUUCAUUCAUAUGGGCUUAUUCUAAAAUAUUAUUUGAGAAUAUUUCAGGAUUGCAGUAUUGCUGCUAAUCUCAUAGUUGGUAGUAGAUUAGUGGGAGAGAGCCACUAUUGAUGGGCGAAACCUUAACCAGCUGGCAGAUGUUUCCCGCGCGGUCGCAGUAUACUCGUUUUUCCAUAGUAUAUUUUUGUAAUCAAUAAGUAGUACAAAUUGAUAAAUAUAAUUUGUUUCAAUGAAAUGUGUUUUUAUCGUUUUUCAUACCAAAAAAAUUAGUAUGACUAAUGGGAUUUCAUCAAUAUCUUUAAAUGCCGUAAAAAUUCAAUAAACAAUGGUAAAAAAUAUCCUAACAAGAUUGAAUAUCGUCUGUAUCAAUGAGCGUAGGGAAGAAUCAUGAGACAUUCCUUGUAAUUCUGUUUAUCCACGACUUUGGUUUUUUGUACUUGUUAUUAUCGCUGCCGUUGUGAAUUAAGUGUUUAAAAGUUACUUUUUGCGUUGUUACGCAAUACACUGGUAAUAUCUGUUAUUCUCUGUACCAAAAAAACUUAACGUCCUAUUCUACUAUGGUUUAUGAUAGGUUAAAUAAAGUAGACUCUAAUUCAACUAUUAUAUUAAUGUCUGAUUGAAAAAGUAUUAUUAUUAUAGUACAACAAAACGUGCUCAAAGUUACAAAAUGUAAACCAUGUUAUAGUUAAAGAUAAAUUAAAAUUAAGAGGAACCUACUAUUAACUGUGCGUGAUGGUUAAAAAAUAUUUUCAGUAGAGAUUGCCUUUAAGCGUUCAAGUACCCUUUAAUGGUUCGGCCCUGAACCGGCGGCAGCGAAGUAAUUUACGUUGGGUGUAAAACCUCAGCUGUUUCCCGCCAAAGAUCGCCAUUGCGAAAUACGAUCGGGCGUUGUGUGCGUUGUGGGCUGGUUGUCCUGCGAAUAAAUUCUGGAUGUGUACCAUUCAACAUUAGCGUAAAAACAAAAUAAAUUAUUAUUGAUGAGAGAAGUUAAGUGUGGAUACAGUAUUGUAUAUCGUGUUGCCCUAAGGGCACACGAAUACAAAGAGGUGGAAUCGUGGAAAGAACUUUAAAUAUGUAUACAUGUAAUAUUAGUUUCAACUUAAAUAAAACAUAAGAUAAAAGCAUAUAAAUUAUAUACACCAACUAAAUAACCAUAAGUUUUUUGAUAUUAAUUAGUUAUUUCUGUGUAAGAUAUUCACCGAUGUUAUAGUUCCAUAAGUUUAACUGAUCAUUUUAUUAAAUUAUGAUAUAAUUUUGGUGUGUGAACAGAAUAAGUGGCGCGGAAGAACAAGAUAUGUCAGUGUUUGCUAGUAGUGACGAACGGAUUUUCAUUGAAGAAAUCGUCGAAGCCACAACCGGAGAAAACGAGCACGAAACCGACUUUUGUAGUGUCAAUGGUAUAAACGAAAGCUUACUUGGAACGGCGACUUUAAUUGAUGUUUCAAAUUAUGAUGAUCAUCAACUAAAAGGUAAAAAAAUUUCGGAUCCGUUAAGUUCCAAAUUGGAUUUGGAACACGUUUUAGAUAAUACACAAUUGCCUAGCCAAACAAGUUUAUAUAACAUUGAACACAAAAAUAAAUUGACAACUCGAGGUCACAUGGAACAGGAGAAAAGGAUGCGGCGAGAAAUCGCCAACAGCAAUGAACGAAGACGCAUGCAGAGUAUUAAUGCUGGAUUUCAGUCACUCAGAACAUUAUUGCCUCACCAUGAAGGUGAAAAAUUAUCUAAAGCAGCUAUUCUUCAACAAACUGCUGAAUACAUAUAUCAAUUAGAGCAAGAAAAAACUCAAUUGCUUUCCCAAAACUGUCAGCUCAAGAGACUUGUAAAUCAGCAUGAAGGGGGAGAAGUACCAGUCAAGAAACGAAAAACAGAAAAUCAAGGUAUGGUCGUGAAUUUACCUAUUCAUGUAAGUGAAAGUGGAGACGAAGGAUUAGGUAGCAUGUCUCCUGAACCAUUAUCAGUAAUGACGGUUUCAACUGAUGGGCACUCAAUAGUUAACAGUAACAACAAUGUAAACAUAAAUUCUGAAAUUAUAGAGUUAAGGCGACAAUUAGAAAGAGAACGGAAUCAACGUUUGAAUUUAGAAAAACAAUUACGAGCAAUACCAACUCAGGUUUACACAGAAAGAUUCCGAGACGGUCAGCUAAUAGCUUAUCAACCACAUGAAGUUAUAGAGCACACAGAUGAUGCUAUGGCUCAAGAAACAGAGGAAGCUGUGGCAACACUUCAGGUUGUUUCACUCAUGUCAAUUCCAGCAGUAGGAUCAACCCAAACAGUUGAAACAUCAAACCCUGAGCCAAGUUCACCACCUAUUUCACCACAGCCUGCGGAAUUGAUUGCAGAAGAAAUUUUGAAAGAAGAAGAAAUUUGUCCUGAGUCUCCUAAAAUAAUUGCAUUUGCUACAAACAAUCAAAUAUUUCAAGCAACUGUUGAAGAGCAAAGUACUCCAGAACCUUUUUCCCCGCCACAUGUUACUUAUAAAAAUGAAUUUCAUAAUACUUCGACGCAAUUUAUCACAGCAAGUCCAACACGACCUUUUUCACCACCUAUAGAACUUCAACGACUACCUAGUGUCUUAGAAGCAGCGAUGAAGGCGGAACCUAAAGUUGAAGUAGAACGAUUGCCGUCACCAGCUAGUUCAUUGGAAGAUGGAUCAUCGCAAGCAAGAAUAUAUCUCGCUAAUACAUCUAGACAAAACUUAGAAACUAUCGUCGAAGCGAUAAGACAUCUAGAAGGCGACCAUCUAUUUAGUGAUGAACCAGCGCAAGACGUUCCUCUGGCUUUAACGAAUAAAACAACCUCGGGUACGCCAGCAAAUACAUCAACAAAACAACGACUACUACAUGCUGAAGUUAACAAUUUUCUUCAAUUUCACUCGAAACAACAACAAACCCAACAACGACCUGGUGUCAUUGUCGUUAAACACUCGUGAUUAUCUAUUUUUUCUCCUAUUACAAAUAACACAAUACAACAUGAACAAACAUACAUUUUUCACCGUUACAACUCGUAUUUAUUAAUACAACAUCUUAGUAGAUAUUUUGUCUUCAUAAAACAAACAUUUCAUUGAAAGAAAUUUCAACUAGUUUAUACGAUUAAAUUAUUAUUAUUAUUAUUAUUAUUAUUAUAAUUAUUAUAUUUAGAGUACUAACAAGCCUGUUACAAAAAAAUAGCUUUUUCUUACAAUUCAUUUUAUAUUUUUUAUAUUUAUGUAUAUAUCGUUAUUUCAUUUGAAUAAAACGCGUGACUCGUGGUAAAUAUAGCAUUAUUUUUCAUGGUCAUUUUUUAAAAAACACUGAAUAAACUGAGUGAAGUAUUGUAUUGUUGAACAUUAUAUAUAUUUCAAUGAGCAGUGGAAUGCACA